AUGGAAAAGAAGAAUGUAAAAGCAGAUGAAGUAGAAAGAAAGCAAGAAAAACGGGAAGACCAACAACCAGGACCAUCGAAUGUUAAUAGUGGUGCUGUAUGUGGUAUUAAUGUCGGUGAGAAGGUUAGGUUCAAGGUAAAAAAAUGGAAUGCUGUUCCAUUAUGGGCUUGGGACAUAGUCGUUGACAAUUGUGCUAUUUGUCGUAAUCACAUCAUGGAUAUGUGCAUUGAAUGUCAAGCCAAUCAAUCAACGGAAGAAACUAGAGAUUGUACAGUUGCAUGGGGUACAUGCAAUCAUGCAUUUCAUUUCCAUUGCAUAUCACGUUGGCUGAAGACUCGACAGGUAUGCCCACUUGAUAAUAAGGAAUGGGACUUCCAGAAGUAUGGAAUUUAA